AUGAACCGCCGCUGAAUUAUGCGUCGACGAAGAGCGCGGCGCUGCAGAUGCACAUGAUUAGCGGCGUCUAACUUAGCGCGAAGAGGUCAGCAGUGUGAUAAUAUAAAACGGGAUAUUAAAAAAGUCUACAUUUAAGUCAAAAUGGAUCUAACCGAGCAGAUCAACCAGCUAGAGGCAGAUUUGCUGGAGCUUGGUUCUCUGUUGGAGAAGGCAGAGAGGAAGAGGGUGCAGGAGCUGCUCAAGCAAGAGCAGAAGAAAGUCGAAAAAGACAUUGCUGACAAACGUCAGCAGAAAGAGCAACAAGCGCGGCGACAGGCCGAGCCUUCGCCGUCCUCCAAGGCAACGUACACGGUUAAAAUCACCAACUACGCGUGGGACCAGUCAGAGAAGUUUGUCAAAAUGUACCUCACGUUGAAGAAUGUGCACAAGAUUCCGGCUGAGAAAGUGGAAGUCAAUUUUUCGGAAAGGUCAUUUUCUGUACUGGUGAAGGAGUUGGAUGGGAAGAACCACCAGAUGACUGUCCUUAAUCUCUUGUAUCCAAUUGAUGAUCAGAACAGCACCACCAAGAUAAAAACAGACAUGGUUGUGAUCAUGUGCAAGAAGCAGGCGACCAAGAACUGGGAGUGCCUCACCACAGUGGAUAAACAGUCUAAGGAAAAAGACAAGCCCAAAGUCGAUGACAACGCAGAUCCCAGCAAUGGCCUCAUGAACAUGUUGAAGAAGAUCUACUCGGAGGGUGACGACGAGAUGAAGAGAACCAUCAACAAAGCUUGGUCGGAAUCCCAGGAGAAGAAGAUAAGAGGAGAAGACGGCAUGAUGGAUUUUUGAACCGCGGUCGCCAUUCCUUCACGUGCGAGCUGAUUGUUUCCCCGUCAUUUUACAAACGAGAUUCCUGUCAGUACAAUAAUGUAUAAACCCCUGGAUGCCUGCUAUACGCUCGCCAUUGUUUUAAAGCAACAGAAAUACAACCACUGCUACGAGAACCUCA